UCUCAGAAUCUGACAGGCCUGGCCGUCGCGGAUUUUUUUUUUUUCCCGCGUCGCCUAGUCAAAGUCUAUUCUUUUCUAACUCCUUCCGCCAACUCCGUGGUCUCCUGCCUCCUUCCUCUCCCCACUAUUCAUUCAUUGCAUGACUCACCCACAUCUCUUCUAACUUCAAACCCAGAAGACCAUUUCUAUAACAAAAUACAGCACUACUAUACUGCCCACUUGCACUUACUCUGUUUCAUGCUAAACCUAAAUCAUUUAAUCAUGCGUUUUCGCUACCUUCUUCUCUUCCUGCCCUUCUUCUUGUUCUCCUCCUUCGCUUCCUCACUGACACCCCUCCAAGGUUUCCUGAUUGAUUGUGGUGCGCCAUCGUCGUCCAACAUCGCCGGUCUCGUGUGGCUGCCGGAUGGGGGGUUUAUAUCAACCGGGACGCCCAAGAACGUGACCACCUCUCUUCCCUAUCCUGCUUUGUCCUCCGUUCGAUCCUUCCCCCUUCGAGUCAAGAAACAUUGCUACAAUUUUCUCGUGUUUCCUGGAAAACGAUACAUGGUGCGGACGACGUAUUUCUAUGGAGGGGUCAACGGCCACAAGCAUCCUUCCCCACCCGCAUUUGAUCAGAUCGUGGAUGGGACUUUCUGGAGCGUCGUUAACACCACAGAGGACUAUGCAAAUGGGAAUUUCACCUUCUACGAAGGUGUUUUCUCGGCUCAGGGGAAAACCAUGAGCGUAUGCAUUGGGUCAAAUACUUACACGGAUUCCGACCCCUUUAUAUCGGCUUUAGAGCUGGUGACUUUGAGUGAUUCACUUUACAAUGCCACCGAUUUUAACAACUUUCGGCUCAAUUUGGUUGCAAGACACAGUUUUGGCUACUCUGGACCUACCAUUCGAUACCCUGAUGAUAGUUUUGACCGAUUUUGGGAGCCUUUUGGAGAGAGUAAUUUCGCUCAAGCAGGCAGCAGCAAUAUUUCUGUUUCUGGUUUUUGGAAUCUUCCGCCUUUGAAAAUAUUUGAGACACAGUUGGGAUCUGAUCAGUUGGAAUCGUUGGAGUUGAAAUGGCCUCCAGAAUCACUUCAGAGUUCAAAAUUCUACAUUUCUCUAUACUUUGCAAAUAAUGAGGAAUCUUCACUUGGGGGUUCAAGGAUUUUUAACAUAAGCGUAAAUGGGAUCGGUUAUUACCAUGAUUUGAAUGUGACGUCAGAUGGUGUUGUUGUCUUUGCCAGACAGUGGCCUCUUUCUGGUCCUACGACAAUAACAUUGACCCGUACUGCUAGUUCUUCCCUGGGUCCUGUGAUCAAUGCUGGUGAAAUUUUUGAUGUGGUGCCAUUAGGAGGAAGAACUUUGACACGUGAUGUUAUUGCUUUGAAACGGGUAAAAGAUAGUUUCCAGAACCCUCCACUUGAUUGGGUUGGUGAUCCUUGUAUGCCUCGCCAAUACUCAUGGACUGGCAUCACUUGCUCUGAAGGCCGUCGGAUUCGUGUAGUGACUUUAAAUAUGACAGGUCUGGGUCUUUCAGGAUCUUUGUCGCCUGACAUUGUCAAUAUGACGGCUUUGACCAACAUCUGGCUGGGGAAUAACAAUUUGUCAGGACAUAUUCCUGAUCUGAGUUCACUAAACUUCUUAGAAACAUUGCACUUGGAAGACAAUCAAUUCAGUGGAGAGAUUCCCUUGUCCCUAGGGAACAUCAGCAGCUUGCAUGAAAUGCAAGACUGCAAGAUUGCAACACAAUGUAGCAGGGACCACAGGAGAUAAGAGUAUAGGACCUUGAACGAUUAGUAGAUAGAUAUUAGCCUAGAGAGGCAUUUUCACACUGAAUGAGACUUAUCAAGUUUCUUUCCUUGUUUCUUCAUCUUUAUGAAGAGGAACCAUGGAAACUUAUUUAGUGUUACAGAAUUUUAUAAUGUCAGAAACACUGGGAGCUUGGUUGGAGUUUGUGACUAUCUUGUUCCUUUCUUAAAUUUGAUAUGAGAGAUGACAAAAAAUUGGUGAUACUUUGGAAAUUUAAAAAAAAAAAAAAUGCUUCGAAGGUAUGCUAGAAAUAGCAAUUAGUGCAUUGGUCUAGAAAAAUGAAACUUAGAAACCUGAGCCUUAAGUAUCAUCCUUUUAUAAUUAUGACCUUUUCUAGGCUUUUCCGAUGUCUGGCCAGCAUGGUGAAUCAAAGUCAAACCUUGCCUCAGAUGGGGAAGGUUAUGGAAAGUACUUGUGGUUUAGUGGAGCAUUGGAGAGAGAAGAAACUUGAUAGUACAGUUGUUACUUUCAUGCAUUCCAUUUUAUAUGAUUUGUGUUCCUCACUCUCUCUAUCAUCCUCACAUAAGAAAAAGAAUACUUUUUCCUCUUUAUUACUCAAGAAGUAAACUGCAAUCGUUGAAUUUAUUAAUUAUGUACCUUUGCUUAAUAGAUUUCUCUAUAUUUGAAAUCACGGGAAUUAAAAUAUGCAAUGUGUUCAGGGGAGUCAAAGUCAGGUAUAAUUUCCUGCACUACUAAUAACCUCAAAUUGAUGUACUAAUCCAAAAAAGAUAAUAAAGAGAAUACAAAUUCCUGGACUUGAAAUAUACUGGUUAUAUUUAAGAUUAAACCUUGAUCAAUUAAGAUCCUGGAGUUCUUGGACUAUGACAAUUGGUUUUAGAAUAAAAAAACUAAACAAAAGCAAUGAGAUCUUUUAUCUUUAACCUUGGCUUGAAUUUAUUGCUGCGCACAUCAGUUUCGAUCUUCAUUGAAU